CACCCAAUUCCACUCCAACCAAUCUCCUUCAAAACACAAACCCACAACAACUUUUUUUUUCCUUGAAAAGUUUCAAUUUUUCCACAAAAAUUGAAACACCCAGUUGACCCAAUUGGCCAAAAUCAUCAAAUCUUGAUCCAAAAUUUCAAUCCAAUCCUUCAAAAUUUGCAAAUUUCCACAAUGAAGUUAGUGAUCUCAGCUUCUUUACUAUCUGCAAUGGUAUUUUACUCUUCUCUCCUUCCUUUUCUCCACUCUUUGAACCUUUAUAUCUCUACAACAAUCCACAAGAACUACAUGUUCUUGCUCUGCAAUGGCCUCCUUGUCUUCAUCGUUCGAAAUUCCGGUCUUAUCGGCAACUCCAGCGACGAACAGAGUGGCAGAAAUGAAGCUCUAGGGGCUGCAAUGGCUGAUGGGAACAGAAAAAUUGAGAGCAAAGUUGAAAUUGAAGAAGAAAGGGAAAAUGGGUUGAUUGCAAAAGAAGAAGAAAAUGAAGAAUUGAUUACAAAGGAUGAAGAUGAAGAAGAAAGAUUCAAUUUUUAUGAAGAAGAAGAAGAAGAAGAAGAAGAGGAAAUUGACGAAGAAUUGAAUAAGAAAUGUGAAGAAUUUAUUAGAAAAAUGAAGGAAGGAAUUAAAUUUGAAUCACAGCAAGUGUUUGUUUUGUAACUGAGAAUUUAUAAAUGAUUAAAAAUUCUGACUUUGUAAUUUUUUA